AUGAACACAAUCGUCUUCGGCCACCCCUCGGCGAAUCCGCUACUGCUGGCAAUCGAGGCCGCAAGCGAGCCCAACAGCUACCUACUACUACUCAUAAACGCGUCGGUACCCUCGCACUCAGUUGAACAAGAGGAGGAUCUACAACAGGCGAAUGCGGAGAACACUACGGAGACAGUCAUCAGCAGCAGUGACACAACAGGCCUACUCUCCACGAUCUCACACCAAUCCACUCAGCCAGUGCAAGAGAAGUCAAUACAGCAGGCGAAUACGGAGAACACUGCGGAGAAACCAAGCGGCAACAAGGCCCCCAGCACCAAGAACACGGCUCAGCUCUCCAAGAUCCCACGUCAUAUGCUCUCCACGGUUCCACAUCAAAUCAUCACUUAG